GUGUGACAUAAAGUCUUUAGAGGAUUCCCUCUUCAAACGUAUAAUUGUAACUCAUGAUGAAACCAUUACCAAAUGGCUUGAUCCAGAAUCUGCAGUUGCCAGUAGAGAUGCUUUGGCAAAUUGUGUUGUUGUUAACACUUUUUGUAUUUAUCCAGAAGAUGGUGAAGCACCACCAAGUGGAGUGGAUGAUAGGACAAAGCUGGCUUAUUUUCAUAAGCCAGGAGUUCUGCAUAAUUUAAAUUCGAGAUAUGAUGUCAAUGAAAUAUAUAGUUAUGAUCAAUUAAGGAAUCAGUUAGUCAAUAUGCUUAGUGGCGAGAGUGAAGUGGGUGAAACGGAAAGCACAAAAUUGCUCAUGCAGUAUCUUGCUUACUUGGGAGGCAGAGCUGCAUCUGAGGGGAGGAUUGUCGCACAGCAAGUCCUGGAGUCAAAUCCGGUUCUAGAAGCAUUCGCUUUGUGGUCCUUUGUCCUCGUGUACCUUUUUCAGUAUCUUGCUUACUUGGGAGGCAGAGCUGAAUCUGAGGGGAGGACUGUCGAGCAGCAAGUCCUGGGAG